AUGUCUGGACUGGGAGGUGAUUUCGGUCGCCAGUUCGAGCGCGAGACAUGGACGCUUUAUAGUGUUGGUGUCUUGGGUGCUGUUCUUCGAUUUGUUGCCCGUAUUCGACGUCUGGGCAUCCGCAAUCUCCAAGUCGAUGAUUAUUUGAUGAUGUUCGCCGUUGUGUGGUAUACAAUCCUAAGUGUUGCACUCAACUCGGUAGCAACGGGUGGAGGAUCAAAUUUGAUGACGGACGAGGAUAAAGCGAACUUGACACCCAAGACGCACGCCGAGCGAGAGCGAGGUAGUAAAUGGGUGUUCGUCUCCGAGCAUGCCUUUAUUCUAUGCAUCUGGAGUUUGAAGGCUUGCAUGCUCGUGAUAUACUCCCGUAUCACUGAGGGAUUGAAGCAGCGAAAAUGGAUCAACUACAUCGCUAUCUACGUCGCCAUUGGCUUUGUUGCUACCGAAUUAUCGCUUUUCCUAAUCUGCCGCCCUAUCACCAACUACUGGGCUGUGCCUACGCCGGACGAUCAAUGUUCGUCCUAUCAAUACUAUGAGAUCGUCCAAGGAUCUUUCUCUAUCUCAGCCGACGUGUUCAUGCUGCUCGUCGCCAUUCCCAUGCUGUUACAAGUCCGCGUUCCCAUGAAGCAGAAGCUGAUCCUGCUGCUCCUGUUCGGCAUGGGUAUCUUCGUCAUCGUGGCCGCCGUCCUCAACAAGGUUUACUGCCUUGUUCCUGCCCUUAUUUCCUAUGUCUAUAUGAACUGGUACUUCCGCGAAGCCACCGUUGCAAUCCUCGUCACCAACCUGCCACUCGUCUGGUCGCUACUCCGUGAUGUCUUCCCUGCCCUCAAGAGUUGGACUGGAGGAUCUAAAAAGGGCACCGACCGCUACAAGUCUGGUCCAUGGACCAGCAAGAAUUCUCGACCCUACGGACCCCACAGUCAACUACGGUCCGGCGACUUCGAUAUGAACGACAUUCAACAUAAUGCGACCGUGAUCCCACAGAAGAGUAACGCCGCAGUUUCCGAUGUGAGCCUCGGAGGAAGCGAUGAGAGGGAUCUGAGCAGCGAUGAUGGAUCUGCUCGCGCUCUGCGGAUUCGACAGGAUAUCACCGUCACUGUGCAGCACGAUUCUCGACCAGCAGACUAUCAAUCCAGCACUGCCCACGCAACUCGGGUACCCCGCGAGCGCGAGGAAGUUUAG